AUGGACUCACUGGUGAACAUGUAUCAAGACUUCAUAAAGAAAGCAGGUGAGUUUGGCUUACUCAGCCAAAGUGACCCACUGGGGCCUCAAGAAGAGAAGUAGUCAACUUUCUGGCUGCCUUACAGAUGCUACCUCCCCUGCCCCAGGUGUAACAAAAGCUUGAGGGUCCCGGUGUGACUCAAACACUUAACUUAUCCUGCCCUAGAUGCAUAGGGCUGCUGAUAAAAUAACAGAGGGAGUGUUGUUGGGCACAGUGCAUACCUCUGAACAGUCCACUUUUCCCUUCAGACCCACGGAUUUCUUCGUAUCCACUUAUGGGCUCACCUUUUCCUAUGACGGGCAUCUUGCUGGGUUAUAUCUACUUUGUACUGUCAUUGGGGCCACGCAUCAUGGCCAACCGGAAACCUCUGAACCUCAGGAAGUUCAUGAUUGUCUAUAACUCCUCCAUGGUAGCUCUGUCGCUCUACAUAGUCUAUGAGGUAAGCAUCUCCUAGAUAGAUUAGCUAUAGCUUCCAUUGGUGGGAUGUUGCUGUUACUGCUUGUGGUGCAUCCCCAGUGUCUGUUUCAAACUCCUUCCCACCCUGGCAUAUGUAAAGCUUUAUGGGGUUAAGAGGUUUUGGGGUGGGAUGCACCUAAUGGAUCCUGACAACGGAAACCAUUUGUGCAAUGGGCCUUUGGUCUGGUUACAUUAAGGUGUUAAUGUUCAUGCAGGGUGUGGUUUUUUAUGAGGAUGCUAAUUUCCAUGAAUAAACUCUUUCACUCUUCCUAUCAGGAAUUGUUCACAUGAUGACCUAGAAGUGUAGCAAGGCUAUGCUUAACAGACAAUGUACACAUUUCUACUAGCUGUAAUUUACUUAAAUAUACAGUAUCAGCUGGCCAUAAUCGUGCAACAGUUGUCUAGUGUCUCCAUUGUAGCCUUUUAUACAGAAUGGUACAUACAUGUGACUUGGGAAUUGCACAACCCCUUCCCAGUAAAUAUGUUUUCUCUGUCAGUGUUUAUGUGAUGGAGUGCAUCAUGCUUACUGGUAUUCCAUUUUCUUAAAGCUGGCAGGGGUAGCAUUACCUGCUCAGGUCAAUAGUCAGGAGAAUUAUCUUAAGAAGUGCCUCUUCUUUAAAAGUGUUAAGUUACAAAUUAAGUCUAUUGGACUUGCAUUGUAGCAACUGGAUGUACAAGGGCAUUGCUGGACAAAACUACAUACAUAAGCAGAUUUUUAAAACUAUAAAUAUGGGGAGAUAAAGUGUGUGUAUAUAUAAGUCAGUAUGCAGAAUUACAUCAGAGUUAGUUAUUUACAACACCACCUAACCAGGUGGGGAUUAUUGAAGAAGCAGAGCUAGCACCCCAUCCACCUAAUUGUUGAGCAUGGUGGCUGCAACAGAAGUUGGGGUGGGGUAUUGUGGCAGCAUGGAGCUGGUGCAGCAAUCAGACCCGGAUUGGGCCCAGUGCUUAUUAGCACAUGAUAGGGGCAGGGUUAUCCCAGCACUAUCCCUGCAAAGCCUUGUUUGGGGGCUUUCUGUAGACUGCUGCCAGCAGCCCUUCUGCCUGCCCAUUCAAUGGGCAGAAAGAGGAACGCUAUGUCAGCAGUGACACUGGUGUUACUCUGCAGGUGGUGGCUUAUGGAGGCUGGCAGCCCUGGAUGAAGGGACACCUCUCCAGUAUGUAUGUGUGUGCGUGCACGUGUAUGUAUGUGUGUGUGUGCACGCGCACACACACAACACAGUGCAAAAGGGAUUUGGAUUGCUGUGACAGCUGAAAAUUCCACAGGGUUUUGUUCCAAUGGUUGCUCACAGAAGUGCCUAGAAGAGAGAUUUGCAUGGCAGAGAAGCUGUAUGACAUGUACCUUGUACAACCUUCCAUUUCGGCACUAGGUUGGUAGCCAUUGGUGACCUAAGAGUUCUAUGCAGAUGAAUGAAUGGACUGCUGGUGGCUGCUAAGGAAGGAAAGCUUGUCCCUCAGCUUUGUCUGUCCUCCUCCAGCCUGUUCGAUAGCAAGCUACUUUUAUUUAUUUUAUUUUAAUUUUCCUGCUAAUAGGAUAGUUGCCUGCAUUUUAAUGUUGACCAAAGAGAAGAAGCUUCUCUUUCUCUUCAGUGAGCAUGGAAACGUAGCUGAUUAGCCUCUUAUAAAACUAGUAACACAAAUUUUAGGCUUGUAAUUUUUGUGGGUAUGUUUACAAAGCUGAGCUGGUGAAUGUAGUAUCAUUGAGAAGUAUCUGAAUGGUGGCUCCUUGUUGCAGUUCCUUAUGUCAGGCUGGUUGACUGGUUACACUUGGAGGUGUGACCCUGUGGACCAAUCCCAGAAUCCCAUGGCCCUUCGGGUAAGUUCUUUCAUUCUUUCAACCCUAUAUCUUGUCUCACAUUCCCCCAUGUGUGAGAGUGUUCUUGUUGUUUUUUUAAUGUAGGCACAAGCUUGGCAAAUGUUGCAAUUCUGUGGUGGGAUUACUUCAAGAUGAGAAAUGGGGAUUCAGAAGGAAGAAAAAAUGAGGGUAGAAAAGUAGGGUGGAGCUUUAUGUUUUGAUGACUAGGAUUUCUGACAUUGCUCUUUCUUGGUAGAUGGUCCAUGUAGCCUGGGUCUUCAUCAUCUCCAAGUACAUUGAACUGCUUGACACAGUAAGUGCUUGUUUUUUGAGGCCUACAGUAUCUUGUUUGGAGCAGAAAUGGGUAUGGCUACACAUUUGUAUUGGCCUUAACAACACUUACCAGAUGUGGUCAGACAGCCCUACUUAUUCUGACAUGGAUCAUUUGUGCAAAUUAAUGGUGACUAACGUUUAUAUUCUACUAACACUAGUAGGUAUUUCAUUGGGAUAGGGUGGUUUUUGUUCAUUUUCUUACAGUAUGUACAGUUGAUAUUUAUUAGCUCACUGAAGAUGAUUGGAUUGUUACUAUUUGGAGUCUGCAAUGGUGCUUCCUCUCUUUUAUACAUUCUGGAGUAAUGGCCCACUGGCCAAAAUGAAAAGCCCAUCUCACUCUAAUCUCUUGCUUCCAGGUGAUCUUCAUCCUAAGAAAGAAGAAUGAACAGGUGACCUUCCUGCAUGUGUUCCACCAUUCAGUGCUUCCCUGGAGCUGGUGGUGGGGUGCCAAAUUUGGCCCAGGUGAGAUUUAGGGAAGGCGUGUAUUCUCUCUCUCUCUCUCUCUCUCUCUCUCUGUGUGUGUGUGUGUGUGUGUGUGUGUAAAUUCUGUUAACAUUUAAUUGAUUUUUAAUGGGCCUAUCUAUGCUUUUAGCUGUUUCUAUUUUAUCUGUAAGCCACCUUGAGUCUCUGCAUGAUGAAAGAUGAUGGUGAUGAAUUGUUAACUUUUGGAAUAAAGUACAGAGCUUUUAGAAUGGUAAAAGUUAAUAUUGCAUAAUUUUUAUAUCAAAGGUUCUCAACUUUUUGGGGCCUGGGGGCUCAUUUGGAAAUCUAAAUUUGUCGUGGGCACUUCAAAAUAGCAUUUCACAGAAUGCUAACUGGAGAUGAUUAGGAACCCCCCCCCCCAAAAAAAAAGCCCCACAAAGACAACAAUAACAAACAUUUCUGACUUCUUUUACUCUAUUACCACCAUAACCACCAUAUUCAUGGUCCCUGAUGUUCCAGAAGAAUUCCUUUCUGGUCUUGCUAUAUGUAUGUAGGACUUGGUCAUAUCUCAGCUCUUCCUUUACCAUUUGAAUUUAAUCUUUCUCUUAUUUGUUGGCCUGCAGGAGGAAUGGGCUCAUUUCAUGCUUUAGUGAACUCGAUAGUACAUGUGGUGAUGUACUUUUACUAUGCGCUGUCAGCUGCAGGGCCUGCCUAUCAAAAGUACCUGUGGUGGAAGAAGCACAUCACUGCCAUUCAACUGGUGAGUAGGAAAGGGAGAGGACCAGGCCACUCAUGCCAACAACUCCCAACUUUGGAUGGUACAACCAGCCUGGGACAUUGGUCUGACUUAUUUCCUUUCUCUUGGCAAGAGCUACAGGAACUUAUUUAGCAAUUGUUUCCUGUGCUAGACUUUCUGUGUUCUCCCUCUCCCAGCUUGAACUACCUGUCCCUAGGGCUGUCUAUUUCCUCCCGUGGGUAGGGGAACGGGAUAUAGCUGCCUUCUUUACUCCAUAACUUUCUCUUGCCUCCACUCACAGUUGCAGUUUGUGCUCGUCUCCAUCCACAUCUCCCAGUACUACUUCAUGCCCAGCUGUGACUACCAGUACCCAAUCUUCAUCCACCUCAUCUGGAUUUACGGCGUUAUCUUCUUCCUCCUCUUCUCCAACUUCUGGUACCAUUCGUACACCAGAGGCAAGCGUCUGCCCAAGGUCAUGACACAACCUCAGCAGAAUGGCUUUCAUGAGAAUGGUGCCAUUUCUAACGGCAAAGCCAAAGCCAACUAG